AUGCGAUUGUGUCGAAUUUUCUCAUGCUUAGCCCUCACUGCAGGUGCUUUAGCAGACAGAUCCCCGUACCCACCGGGAUCAGGACCUAUAUCUAGUCACCGAAAAGCGCCAACUGAUAACUCAGACAAUAGUCUUCCUCUCGAUCUUGGUUCUUCUCCCUUGGUAAUCAUUGAACAAGAUGAGUUCGAUGAUUACAGUGAACCAAGGAAGGACAUUUACAUCUCCCCAAAGCCGCUUCUUGUACCUCAAGACAAACUUCCAAAGCCCUAUUCUGAUAGGGUCGAGAUCGAGAACAUCGAGAUUAUCGAAAAGGAUGAUUUCGAGAGGGGAAAUAUCGAGGAGGUCGAUAUUGAGGUAGUAGAUAUUGGGGGUUUCUCUCCCGAAUAUGGGGUGUACCCUCCUCCCCCUCCGCAUCCACACUUUGCUCACCCUGAGUACGAAGAGUUUAACGCUCCUCCUCCUCUUUUUUUCCCUCACCCCGAAGAGUUUCAAGGAACUCCUCCUCCUUUCCCUCCUUACGGUCCCCCUCCUCCAGAAUUUUAUGGAUUACCUCCACCACCUGACUUUUAUGAGGAACAACCAUAUCUUAUGGGCCCUCCACCUAUUCCCAUGAUGAUGAGUCCUCCUCUACCUCAAAUUCCGCCGAAGAAGGCAGAAAAAUCCAAGGGAGGAAAUGUUUACGAUAAAAACUCCAACGUGGGCAACAAUGUGAAGGAGGCCUCGGCAGUCAACAAGGCAAAAGGAAAUAACUUUGCUAUUCCCGGCCAAUCUACGGCCGCUCUUGACAAUUCAAAUCUCAACCAAGAUUUUGCAGUAGCAAAGUCUGUGGAGAAGAACAUCAACAUCGAUGUGAACGCUGCCGAAGGGUCCACGGAGUCUCCCCAGACUCAGAUACAGACCCAGUUCCCCGGCGGAGAGGUUGGUCCUCUUCAGCAAGGACAGACCUUUCUACCAGGUGGUGUUAUGCCUAUUGGUAUGACUGAUAUCGUAUUCCCAGAUAUCAUCAUCACAAACGCCAACGACAUCAACAACGCCAACGAGAAUCAGAACCAGGUUGCCGCAAACAACGAGAACGCUAAUAACAAUCCCAAUGCUCUCGGAAAUGAAAACUCGGCCGCAAGCUUCCAGGAGUUCUCUGAGCAGAAUUACGCCGAAAAUAACUUCCAUUUUAAUGAGGAGAAGAACUUCUUUUACAUUAAUGCUAUUGGUGAGAGCGUUCCUGUGCAGGUUGAGGUUCCAGUAGAGGUUCCUGUAACGAAGGUUAUUCCCAUUACGGAGACAAUCCAGGUCCCAGAGGUUAUAACACCUUGUGUGACCUGCCCUCCUCAGACUGAAUAUAUUCCGUAUACUCAGGUCGUUUCAUACGAGACCGUCGUUGAGCAGAUUCAGCUUCCUGGCCAGACUAUCAUUGAGCAGAUCCAGCUUCCUGGCCAGACUAUCAUUGAGCAGAUCCAGCUUCCAGGAGAGACUGUUAUCGAGAAGAUCCAACUCCCAGGAAAGACGGUCUAUGAGCAGCUCCCUGGCGAGACUGUCAUUGAGCAGAUCGUCCUCCCAGGAGAAACAAUUUUCCAGAUUGUCGAGGUGCCCGUUCCGGUCACCGUUCAAGUGACAAAGACUCUUCCGGCUAAAACAAUUAUUGAAAAAGAAAGUGUAAUUAUCGAAAACGAAAUUCUAGUCACGAUUCCUGCCAAGACCAUCAUUCAACAGGAAAGCGUUGUCGUUACAAAUGAGGUGCUUGUUACACAGGCCCCCAGGACAAUCCUCGAAGAAAUUUACGUUUCAGAGCAAAUCAGGGUCCCUUAUACUGUCACCCAGCAAGAACAAAUCUAUGUCUCGGAGCAGAUUCGGGUUCCCGUCACCGUCGUUCAACAGGAGCAAAUCUACGUUUCCGAGCAGGUUAGGGUGCCCGUCACUAUCACUCAACAGGAGCAAAUCUAUGUUUCUGAACAAGUCAGAGUGCCGGUCACGAUCAAGGAAGAGGAACUUAUUUAUAUCAGCCAGGAAGUAGAGGUCACCAAGUUUGUCACCGUCCCUGGAAUCGCCACUCCCGUCCCUACCACUGUUACUGAGGAAGUAAUUCUCCCUGCUCAAGUCAUCACCACUUUCCUGCCUGGUGUUCCCACUCCAGUCGUUCAAACCGUCCAAGUUACCGAGGCUGUAACUGUUCUAGAGAAGGAAGAGGUCUAUAUCUCCGAGCAGGUUCGCGUGCCAGUUACUGUCAAGGAGGAGGAUGUUAUAUAUGUUACUCAGAACGUCAUCGUCACCGAGGUCGUCUCAGUCGCUGGUAUCCCGACUCCAGUCCUCACCACUGUUACUGAGGAGGUCGUCGUUCCAGCGCAGGUCAUCACUACAUACCUUCCUGGCGUGGCUACCCCUGUCGUCCAGACUGUUCAGGUUGUUGAUGAGGUCCAGGUUCCUGUUCCUGUCACAGUUAAGGAGCAGGUCUACGUCUCGGAGCAAGUACCAGUUACCGUAUCAGUAGAGGAAUUAGUUUAUAUCACCAAAGAAAACAUCGUCACCGAAUUUGUUUCUCAACCAGGCUUCGCCACUCCAGUCCCCACUACUAUCUAUGAAGAGAUCCGGGUUCCAGCUGAAGUUGUCCAGGAGGUCAUUACUACAUAUCUCCCUGGAGUCGAAACACCAGUUCUCCAGACAGUUUUUAUUACUCAGGAUAUCGAGUUUCCUACCGCACCCCCAGCCACUGUUGUCGUCACCGAGAAUAAUGUCGUCCAGACCUUCGUCACCUCACCACCAAUCGUCAUCACUGAAGCUCCCUUGUUUGUCACAUUACCAGCAGAGACAGUGGUUGUUCCUGGAGAGGUUUACACAACCGCUGUUUGUGAAUCAUGCCCUAUUGUAACUGUCACAGCGCCUGCGGAAACUUUCGUACAGCCCCCGGUAGUCGUCACCCAGCCAGGUCAGGCAGUUACAAUCCCUGGAGCAAUUCAGGUUAUUACAGAAGUUCAGGAGGUAUCAGUUGGAUAUCCUAUCGCUGGUCCCACCGUUCAGCUUCCUGGUGAAGUGGUUCAGGUACCUGGUCCUGCUGUUCAAGUCCCCGGCCCCACCGUUCAGCUCCCUGGCGAAGUUGUUCAGGUCCCCGGCCCGACCGUUCAGCUUCCUGGUCAAGUCACCGAGGUCGGAUAUCCCGUCCCAGGCCCGACCGUUCAGCUCCCUGGCGAAGUUGUUCAGGUCCCCGGCCCGACCGUUCAGCUUCCUGGUCAAGUCACCGAGGUCGGAUAUCCCGUCCCAGGCCCGACCGUCCGGCUUCCUGGCGAAGUUGUUCAGGUCCCCGGCCCCACUGUUCAGCUUCCUGGUGAAGUUGUUCAGGUACCUGGUCCUGCUGUCCAAGUCCCCGGCCCCACCGUUCAGCUUCCUGGUGAAGUGGUUCAGGUACCCGGUCCUGCUGUCCAAGUCCCCGGCCCCACCGUUCAGCUCCCUGGCGAAGUUGUUCAGGUCCCCGGCCCGACCGUUCAGCUUCCUGGUCAAGUCACCGAGGUCGGAUAUCCCGUCCCAGGCCCGACCGUCCGGCUUCCUGGCGAAGUUGUUCAGGUCCCUGGCCCCACUGUUCAGCUUCCUGGUGAAGUUGUUCAGGUACCUGGUCCUGCUGUCCAAGUCCCCGGCCCCACCGUUCAGCUCCCUGGCGAAGUUGUUCAGGUACCCGGUCCUGCUGUCCAAGUCCCCGGCCCCACCGUUCAGCUCCCUGGCGAAGUUGUUCAGGUCCCCGGCCCGACCGUUCAGCUUCCUGGUCAAGUCACCGAGGUCGGAUAUCCCGUCCCAGGCCCAACCGUCCGGCUUCCUGGCGAAGUUGUUCAGGUCCCCGGCCCCACUGUUCAGCUUCCUGGUGAAGUUGUUCAGGUACCUGGUCCUGCUGUCCAAGUCCCAGGCCCUACCGUUCAGCUUCCUGGUGAAGUUGUUCAGGUCCCCGGUCCUGCUAUCCAAAUCCCUGGUCCUACUGUCCAAGUCCCAGGUCCUUCUGUACAAGUACCCGGCCCAGCCUUCCAGCUUCCUGGUGAAGUUAUUCGGGUCCCCGGAGGUGCCGGUAAUUCUACUGAAAACAAUGGUACAUGA